CUCUCGCAGUCGCGGUCACAAAUUUUUACGUAUAAACCUACCAGAUUAUUUCUUUAGGGGUUAUUUAUCCACCAAUCAGAAAAUGAAAACAAAUCCUCCAAAAAUGUAAAUGUCGUGAAUGGUCUCGCCUGAGGCAUCGCAUUUCCAAUCAUCUCCGAUGGCAAAAUACGCCGGAGCAAGAACCAGACCGGUAUUCUGUUUCUCCGACGUCGUUCUCUUCCUCGGUGGAGCUUUCAUGUCUCUUAUUCUCGUCUGGUCUUUCUUCUCCUUCUCCUCAAUUUCCCCAAACCUCAGCUUCUCCGCCGUCAAAACCGACGAAUCCACCAAAUGCUCUCGAGGAAUCGAUAUGCGGUACGAUCCAACCGACCCGGUUUUCUACGACGACCCGGAUCUAUCCUACACAAUCGAGAAACCGGUUAAGGGCUGGGACGAGAAACGAAGACGGUGGUUAGAGCUACACCCGUCGUUUAUCCCCGGAUCCGAAAACCGGACGGUUAUGAUAACCGGGUCACAAUCCGGACCCUGUAAAAACCCGAUCGGAGACCAUCUUUUGCUCCGAUUCUUCAAAAACAAAGUCGAUUACUGUCGAAUCCAUGGCCACGACAUCUUCUACAGCAACGCGCUUCUCCAUCCGAAGAUGAAUUCGUAUUGGGCGAAACUUCCGGCGGUUAAAGCGGCGAUGAUUGCUCAUCCCGAGGCGGAAUGGAUCUGGUGGGUUGAUUCCGAUGCUCUUUUCACCGACAUGGAUUUUACUCCGCCGUUUCGGCGUUACCGUAACCAUAAUCUCGUCGUUCACGGCUGGCCUGGAGUUGUUUACAAUGAUCGGAGCUGGACGGCGUUAAACGCCGGCGUUUUCCUCAUCAGAAACUGUCAGUGGUCGAUGGAGCUGAUCGACACGUGGACGAAUAUGGGCCCAGUGAGUCCCGAGUACGCUAAGUGGGGACAGAUCCAACGGUCGAUAUUUAAAGAUAAGCUGUUUCCGGAGUCAGAUGAUCAGACGGCUCUGAUUUAUUUGCUGUUUAAACACAGAGAGGAGUAUUAUCCUAAGAUAUACCUCGAAGGAGAGUAUUAUUUCGAAGGGUAUUGGUUAGAGAUCGUACCGGGUUUAGCUAACGUGACGGACCGGUAUCUGGAGAUGGAACGAGAAGACGCCACGUUGCGUAGGAGACACGCGGAGAAAGUGAGUGAACGAUACGGUGCGUUUAGAGAGGAGAGGUUUUUGCGAGGAGAAAGAGGCGGGAAAGGGAGUCUACGGAGACCGUUUGUGACGCAUUUCACGGGAUGCCAGCCUUGUAGUGGGGACCAUAAUAAGAUGUACGAUGGUGACACGUGUUGGAAUGGAAUGAUCAAAGCCAUUAAUUUCGCUGAUAAUCAAGUCAUGCGUAGGUAUGGUUUCGUACACUCGGAUCUAGGCAAGACUUCCCCUCUUCAACCUGUACCUUUCGAUUAUCCUGAUGAGCCCUGGUGAUUUUUUAAAAUAUAAAUUUUUCUCCCUAUGUGGCUCUGUGUCUGUGUGUUAAUUUGCUGUUUUCUUUUAACUUCUUUAGAUGUGCUUUUAUAAUUUUAUGAGUUUAUUAUAAUCCAUGAUUUGAGAGGUUUAUGAUGCGGAAUCUUUCUGAAUAAUUUAAUGAUUUCUGUAGGGCAUAUAAUAUCAUAA